CACCAGAAGAGACACUGGAUGGAUGCUACUGAUACACAAAAUGCUCCGAGCUUAUCCCAAACUCCUGUCUCUUUUCAUUGUCGGCACCCGCCCAUUUAAGGAAAUGUGUGCUUCCUGUUGAUUUAAAGAGGCUUCCUAAAGAGAUGGGACUCCAGAGCGGCAUAGAAGAAGAGUACACGAUGACAGGCCAAAACCACAAGCAAAGAGAGUUUGCUGUUUUGUUUUAUUUCAUUAUAAUUUUCAUUUGUGCCAGACAGACUCUUUGCCUCAUCAAUGAAAAGCUGGCAGUUGAACCCACGAUGUCAGAGCAUCUCUCUCCCAACACGAUAGAAGACCACUCGAAUGCCAGCGUCGCAAACUAUACUUUACAGGCUUGUGGGAACUCCUCUCACCACUGCCUCGAUAUGUGCCAGAUCUGUGACCAACACUUUAAUGGAAAUAGGAUGGAUUGUCUAUCUAUUCUUCUGGAUUCACUGUGUCUAACAAACUUCCACUCGGCCAUGGAGCAAAGUAACAGUGACUGGUGCGUCUGGGCCAACGUGAGCGGUUUGUACAGUAACCUCAGCAUUUGCACAGAGGAGAUAUCCGACUGUCUGAUGAUCCCGUGGCCCAAUGCUCUGGUGGAGCAGAAGUUUCUGGACAUUCACUCAGAUUAUUUCCAGGACUGUCCAUCGGAGGAGCUAAGUGACCCUCCGCCAGCCAUUGUCUUCGCUCUGGUCAUCACGCCCAUCUGUCUUAUACCUGUCAUGGUCAGUUUGGUGGUGCUCAAGACCAAGAACGGAGAUGGAAGCCAAUAGAUACACUAUUUCUGACCCUCUGAGGUUACCAUAGAAACUCUCUUUCCUGCUGAAGUGCAGUGAUUUGCAUUGUGUUUGACAGUGAAUUAUACAUCAAAUAUGUUCCAUGACAGAAAGUACCAGGGCCUGAGCAGAAUAUACGGCAUUACACAGAACUUAGUCUAUGGCCCGGUUAAACUGAAUGCAUCUGUCUCAUAUUUGAUGUCAUGUUAAUGUGACUUCCAGGUGUUCAGCAACUCACUGUAAUGUAAUAUUGUCUGAACUGGAUCAAUCUGUUUGCUUAUAUCCAUUUUGCACAUAUGAUUUCAAUUGUAAAACUGGAAAUCCCAGUGGAUUUUAAUUGAUCUGACUCAAGACGAGGGAUAAGAGUGUCCGAAUAAUCUCAGUAUUAUAUAUUUUAUUUAAUAUGUAAAGAGACACAUUGUGAAUAUUUUAAAUCAGGGUUGUGAGGACAAAGGCUCGAGGGCUUGAUACUUUUACUGUGGCUUAAUUUAACUGUAGUAUUAUUAAAGUUCCUGAAUGUGCCAUAUACACUGUAUAAUAAGUAUUAAGUGUUGUGGUUAAAAACAACUGUCCCUUGAUGUGAUGAAUGACAAUAGUCUUCCAUCAUGGGAUGGAGGACUUGAAUCUCAUUGGUCCAGCCUGAGGUAUGGAUCUAGUUAUGUGAGGGUCGGGGUCAGAGGUCACAGAUGGGACACCAGCACCAGGAAAUGUUUUUUUUUCUUAUGGGGCUGUUUGAAAAGAGCACUUUCCUCUGUCCAAAUGCAGACGAUGAUCACAGACCAGCACGACUGGAGCAGUGUGAAGAGAUUGUGUUAUAAUGUGACAAAUAUGAGGAUAUUUCUGUUGUUCAUUGACAGACGGACACAGUGUGAUCUGAAGCUAAUAUUUUAAGACGAGAAAAGCCAUAUGCACAUGUUUAUGACGUGGUUCCAUGAUGUGUUGUGAAAUUCUAAAGAGCUAUUUGAUUUUACUGUAAGGUCUGAGAGAACGUUUAAUAUUUGUUCCGUUUAACUUUUAAAUAUAUUUGAUACUUUUCUA